UCCAGGCCUAGUACAUCGGGAGCUUGGAUGUUCCGAGGCCCAACAGCCGCGUGGAGAUUGUGGCAGCCAUGAGGAGGAUUCGGUAUGAGUUCAAAGCCAAGAACAUUAAGAAGAAGAAGGUGAGCAUCAUCGUCUCCGUGGACGGCGUGAAGGUGAUUCUGCGCAAGAAGCAGAAGAGGAAGGAAUGGACCUGGGACGAGAGUAAAAUGGUGGUGAUGCACGAUCCUGUGUACAGAAUCUUCUAUGUGUCUCAUGAUUCCCAAGAUCUGAAAAUUUUUAGCUACAUUGCGAGGGAUGGUGCUAACAACUCCUUCAGGUGCAAUGUCUUCAAAUCUAAAAAGAAGAGCCAGGCCAUGCGGGUGGUGCGCACGGUGGGCCAGGCCUUCGAGGUGUGCCACAAGCUGAGCCUGCAGCACGCGCUGCAGAACGCCGACGGGCAGGCGGACGGCGCCAGCGACAAGUCCGUGGAGGAGCAGCCGCUAGAAGUUCACCAGAUGAAGGGCUCCAAGAUCACAGACGUGGAUGAGGUUGGCAGUGACCCUGAUGGGAUCUGUGUGCCAGAGCGGGGACCUGGAGAGCUCCCUGCUGCCAGGGUCGAGCUUGGCAUGCUGAAACCCGGACAGGUCUCGAAGGACAAGAGCUGCCAGGUCAGUCUGUGGGGGCCACCCAGGGUCGAGCGCUCCCUGCAGAACCUGUCCCUGGCGCAGUCGCUGUCGCUGAACCUGAAGAACCACUACAGCCUGGACAUCAACCUGCCGUCCACCUCCACCCCCGCCAGCAUCCUGGGCAGCCCCGUGGGCCCCGGCUCGCGCUCGGCCCUGGCCCUGGGGGACUCCUACCUCAACCUCCCGGCGCGUGGAGGGCUCUGA